AUGGCAUCUAUUUGUGUCGCAGCUCACAAUAUUGGUGGAAAAACAUUACACUCCAAUAAUAUUGUAUUUGGAGGAAUACCAACUCUAGCGAUAGGAGACUUAGCUCAAUUACCUCCAACAAGGCCAAAAUACGUCUUUCAAUCUCCAGCCUGGUCACCAUUCUUUCCUUUAUUUUUAACCACACCACAAUGUCAACAAGAAGAUAUCAAUUUAUAA